AAUUGUCAUGAACUUGAAAAAAUGGACUUGGAGGAAUGUGUUCAGAUAACAGACAGCACAUUAAUCCAGCUUUCCAUUCACUGUCCUCUGCUCCAAGUUUUGAGUUUAUCACACUGUGAACUGAUCACCGAUGAUGGUAUUCGCCAUUUAGGCAAUGGUGCCUGUGCCCAUGAUCGCUUGGAGGUGAUUGAGCUGGAUAACUGCCCCUUGAUCACAGAUGCCUCUUUGGAACACCUCAAGAGCUGCCACAGCUUGGAAAGGAUAGAACUGUAUGACUGCCAACAGAUUACCCGAGCUGGAAUUAAGAGACUCAGGACCCACUUACCCAAUAUUAAAGUCCACGCCUACUUUGCACCUGUAACUCCACCACCAUCUGUGGGGGGCAGCAGACAGCGUUUCUGCAGAUGUUGCAUCAUCCUAUGACGUGAGAGCCAGUCUACCUUGUGAAAAACAAACUGAGUAUUUAAAUUACCCUUCUAGAAGUUACAGUGGACAAAUAUCUCUGCCAACAAAAUGAUGCCAGUGCUCCUUCACCAGGGCCUUUGGAAAACAAAGCAGGGGAAGCUGGUGCAAAACAUUGUUCCCCUUUUUUACCCUAUGUAAAAAUACACACACACACACACACACAAACACACAAACUAGUAUAUACAUACUUAUUCCAAUAGACUGAAGGUCUCUGAAACUGAGGACCUAAAUCUAUGGGAACUUUUUCCUCUUCCCACCCCAUCGUCCCGUGGGUGGGUUGCUAUAAUUGUAAACCAUUCCUACAGAGCCUGCUCAGAAGAAAUCAUGGGGUGGCGGGUGGGAGAAAAGAGUUGUUGGUUGAAUCACUUCGCACAUCAGAAAAACUGCUGUUGCUUCCAAGAGAGGGAAAAGUUGUUCUUUUGACACUGAAAGCAGCAAAAAAAAUGAUGUUGGGAUUGAAGGAGAGGUUUAUAACUGAGGAGGAACAAACAUGAGCACUGAACCUUGAAGAUACUGUUCAGGUGGGAGGAAAAUGUACAAAGCAAAAAGAAAACACAAUGCCCUUGGGUAUAUUUUUUAUUUAAAAAGAAAAUCAUAUGUGUGUUAAGGAAUGUUAAAACAGCAGCCAUUGUGAGAUGUAGAUUCCUGCGCUUCUGUACUACCUUGUUUUCUGUGCUGGCACAUACACUGAGCAUGCUCAUCUUGGAGGUUCAGCAGUUUCUCUUCUUUUAUAAUAUUUGGCUCAGAGGCUUCCUAGAUUGUUGUGAUGAUAAAGCUAGAAAUCUGUAAUGUCAGGCCUGAUCUUUUUCCCCCCAAUCUCCUCAGUAUCUUCUUUUUUAUAUAUAUAAACUAGAUGUCUAAUUCUGAAACUGUAUGAAAUGACUGAACAUAUAAUACACAUGCCAAGUUAAUAUUUCUUUUCAAAAGGCAACUUUAUAUCACUAGAGGAUAAAGCUUUGAAAACACAGCUGUGAAAUGAGUUGAAGUUAUAAAAGCAAAACUCUUUUGUAAAGAUUAUUCUACAUUUUUUUUUUAAACAAGUGAUGCUAUUGGGAGAAGAGAGAAGUUCUGUCUAUUAUAAUGUAUUAAUUACUUCCAAAGAAAUGGGUGCCUCAUAAAUGAGAAAUGGUAUACAAACAUAAUUAUUCUAAUUUCAGUGACAAAUGACCUUUUCCAUUAUUAGAUGAACUUGGAAAAUUCCUUUUCAGGUACCUGGACACUUAUGAAAACUACACCAGAUGUUUGCAUUUUAUUUAGAAGUAAGUAGAAUUCAUGAUGGGAAAAUUCAGGUCCAUCCAGUUCAAUACUGCAGGAUUAUAUCUACUGAACUUGGUUUGAUUUGCUCAAAGCUGCUGUUUAAAAAAACACUGGAAUCAUUUUAGGUGCUUUUUCGGAAGCCAUUUUUGGUAUCAGACAUAGUUUAAAAGGGCUGUGGGGAUUAUACAGCAACAUUCCAACGUUCUCUUCACAAAUAGUGCAAAUUGAGCCCCAAAACACAAGCCAAAGGUCACCAAUCACUUUCCCCGAUAUCCAGUAUCCUGCUUUAAUGAAUACUUCUUGUUAGUGAAUAUUUAUCAUUUGCUUUUGCCAUUCAUGCUACUGGAUGUAUUGGUUUUUUCCCUUCUGUGCCAGUAUUUGACACAGUAUGGCUUACAUUAAGGGUUUUUUUUUCCUCUCGCAUGAGAGUUAGCUGCAAAAUGUAAUCUAGAAUUUAGACCUUUCCCAAUGAGGCUCUUUGGUUGUUUGGAUUGCAAACUUCCAUUAUAAUGACACUCAUCUCAGCCUUCAGAUUUCAAAAUUGUUCUUUCAAACAAUCGUUGAUACAGGAAAUUUAAAGUUACCAUAAAAAUGGCAAUAUUUCAGAAUGUUCAGUUGAAAACAAGAUCAGGGAGGCAGAAAGACAAGCAAGGCAGGAGACAUUAAGUAUUCCCUACAUCAUGAAAGUUACAGAUUUUAAAGGGAUCUUCACCCACUUCUGCAACCAAAAGUGCAGUACAGAUUGCAGAGUCCUAUCCAGACAACUUUCCACAGUUUACAUUAACUUAUUUUUCUCUUGCCAAGCUUAUAGAUGUUAAAAUAAACGUUCUUAAUUAUACCUUAACUAUACUAGGAAGACUAAGAUGGGGUAGAAUUCCACUGUUUUAUUCAAUUGUUUUGUGACAUGUUCUUUCAUUUUUCUUAAUCAGCAGCACAUUUAUUUUGAGAUCAGAAAAUAUGUUUUCCCUUUGCUCCAUAUGAAAUAUUUAAAUUUGUGUUGUGAUCUCAAUAUUCACAAUUUCUUUUGCACAGAUACUUGCUUUCUUACACAAACAUUUACAAUGAAUGUUCUCAACUCACCAAUAUAUAGUUUUUAAAGGGCUUUAAAACAAUUUAGACUGUUCCAAAAUACUUUUAAAAAUACAUUUUUUUAAAUGUAAUUUCCCUCUUCCAUACAAUCUCUUCUAAUUUGUAAGUUAUGAAACAAUCACCUGGCUCAAGUAGAGAAAUAUUAUAAGCAAUUAUCAACUCCAAUGUAUAUUAUUGAUCCACUAUUACAGUGUAAAUUCCCUCUUUUUUAAUCCCAAACUCCAUGGCGGUGAUUAUUAUCAGAACAAAUUAGAAACUUG